AUGGCACCGACGACACCGAGACUAAAGAUCCUUUCAGUCCUCCCAAGCGCCCUUCCCAUCUCUGCCUGUCCUGUCGCUACAUUCCACGGCCCAAUCUUGUAUACCAUACCUGCCCUGCCCGUCGUACUUGAAGCGCGUCCUACCCCAUCCCCGUCUGACCUGGCCGUUCUUGGUGCUACCGCUAGAUGGAAACAGCGAAGAACCCUAUCCCUAAGCCCCCAAGAUCCUCUCGCUCAGUCCAUUGCCUCACUCGCUACCCUCAUUGCCGCGACGUGCCAUCACUUUUUUCCCCUAUCGUUCAACCUCCGCUCCACCCGGGAGCAGAGCCUGGCGCCGGCAUAUGCAGCUUUGGGAGGUAAUGCCGUGUCUGCUUUCCUCUCGUGGAGGCUUCAGGCCACCAAUGCUUGCGACGUAACGCUGGUGUGGAAGUCGAAUUUCGAAGCAGUCCACCAAUAUGGUAUCACAUUCAAGUCUGCCUCAUUUGGCAACGAGCGCUUCAAGCCUCGACAGGUUGUCAAAACACCAGAAGAUGCCGCUCAGGGCAAAGCGACGUACGACUAUGUCAUUCUCUGUAUAAAAGCACUCCCAGACGUAUACGAUCUCGCAUCCGUCAUAGACUCGGUGGUGACGCCGCAGCACACAUGCAUUUUGAUCAAUACCACACAUACUUUGGGCAUCGAAGCGCUCAUCGAAGAGAGAUUCCCCACCAACGUCGUUUUAUCCCUCGUAUCGAACGCCGAGAUUUCGCAGCUUGGCCAGAGCGAGUUCGAGCACAAGGGAUCGACAGAAAUCUGGGUCGGGCCUGCGAACAAGAGCGGCAGUAUUCCUGCGUCGAUACAGGACGACAUGGCUCAGGCUCUGGCUAUGACCCUGAGCACUGGACGCGUCGAUUGCAAGGUGUCGUCUAACAUCCGACAACAGCAGUUCGAGCGCGUGAUUGGUCCCAUUGCCUUCCAUCCAGCCAGCGUCAUUUUCGAAACCUCGUCGCAUACUGCGCUCCUGGAAAAGACCGGCGUCCGCCAGCUAGUCUCGGACGUUAUUGACGAGCUUAUCGAGCUUGCAACUACUCAGGGCUGCAAACUCGGCCCAGACUUCAAAGAGAAUGCCAUCAAAGAGCAGUGCCAGAUACAAGAGCCGAGUAUUAUGUGGCAAGACUACAUGGCAAGACGACCCAUGGAGGUUGAGACUUUCCUCGGAUCGCCCAUCAAGCUCGCUCAGACAUUGGGAGUCAAGUUGCCACGGAUAGAAACGCUAUAUGCAGUCUUCCACCACUUGAACAUGGUCAAUCAGAGCCGGCCCAAGGAAACUAAUGGUCUAGCAACCGUCCCUGGUUCGCCAUCUGCACCGAUGCCCGGGCCUAGAAUGUCGUCCAAUGGACCACCGCCUCGCAGUGUUUCUAAUGGAAUCCCGAACGGCAACGGCAUGCGGCCACGGCCGAGGAAUUCGUCUAACUUCAGCGGCCCGCCCCCUGGUAUGCGACGACCCCCUCCUGGUGGUCCUCCGAACGGCUAUCGCGGUCCUCCGGGCGGCGGUUACGCGCCCUCUUCGCGGCAGCCGUCGAGGCGUGGUUCCAUGGAGGACGAUCUGGGCGAGUUCAGCCACCUUGUCCUCUACGAUGACAUUCCUGAGGGUGGAGACGCUGGUUACCCCGGCGAGAACGGCGAGUUUCGCGACAGGGAAGUGGCACUCCGCCAACGCGACAUGGCCCUCAAGGAACAAGAAUUCCGCAUGAGACGUGGUCCACCACCACCAGGACCCAGGCGGCGCCCACCUCCGCGGGCUGGCGGCGCCGGUAUGUAUGAUGACGAAGACGAAGAGGGCGAUUACUUUGACCCCAACGCUCUUAUCGUCCCUUCAGUUGAUCCUGACCAGGUCGAUAUGAUGAGCAUGACAUCCAGGAAGAACCGGGCCAAAGCACCUAGUCAGAGCCAACUGAGACACGAUCCUGAGAUGGGAGGUGGUGCGCCUGCUCGCAACAGCAGAUGGGGCCGGCCGAAUUUUGGCAGAAACCGAUCCAGCCAGCUCAUGAACGCCUCCGUUCCCAUGACGCAUACCGACAUACUCGACGACCCGUUGUUGGGAUACUCUUCGAACCGAUACGGCAACGUCGAUCGCGGUCAGAUGCACCAGGCCGUCGCCGGGUCUAGAGCCAACUCACUGACCGCACAGCAUCUGGACCAACUCAACGGACCUGGAGGCAUGGGCGGGCCGUACCCCAGGCGGGCUAGUCAGUCGCCCGGGCACCCCUACAGUCCAUCCAUCCGUGGAGGCAACGGGCGUCCGUCGCCGCCAAACGGCUUUGGAGGGCCCAACCCUCACGGACGGCCGUCACCUCCCAAUGGCGUACGCCAGCCGGUCCCUCGGUAUCCCCCGGGGCAGGGAAACUCGGUCGCUCCACAGCAGGUUGAACAACGUGUCGGGGUGAGCAAUCUCCAACCACCCAGAGUCAAGAACGUACGCAGUCUGACCGGAAGUGCGAGCGCCAGCGCGGGGAGUGGUGACUCUGCCAACCUAGACUCGGAACCGUCUGCGCAUAGUAGCCAGAGCAGCCUAGGCCCUCGAGCUCCCAUCGGAGUUCAGUAA